GGUCUUCGACUGAUUGAAUGAAAGGAAAUGUUAAUGAAAGGAAGAGGAAAACAAGAAUACCAUGAAUAAUAAUAAUUUUGAACAAGAAAAGUGGAGGGUCAUCCGCAGCUGCAAACUACCAUUUCGCUGCAUCCAAACACGAGGCAGUGUUUCGCAAACAUUGUUUUUCUCUUUCGUCCAUUUUAUCAAACACUUUUCAAACUCUUUCCUCUAAUAUAUGUGGUUGUGGGUACGAACAUAUUCCCUUCAAUUCAAUAAAAGGCCGCUUUAGGAGGAACAUUGAUUUGUUGCUCUUCCCAAUCUUCUUUGGAUCAUCAAUCAGAUAGGAAAUUAGCUGCACACAGAAAGAAAGACGAAAAGAAGGUAGUCAUAUGUUCUCUCUCUGUCAAUUUUCUUUCUUUCUGGGUUCGUGAUAAAUGUGUAAAAAAUUAUCUUUCCAUUAAUGUGUCACGGUUGAUUCUGAAAGUUCACAAUCUGGGUUAUUUUAUAAUGUUGCAUGCGGAUUAUUAUCUUUAGUGUUCUGAAAACUUGGAGGAGCAUUUUUCAAAUGCUUAUGUUCUGUCCGGUGUGCUUUGAAUGAAUAGAAAGUUUGACUGUGUUUGUUCUUUUGAUUACAAUUGAUUUUUUGGAUGCAAAGAUGAGUACCAACGAUAACAAUGGAAGCGAUGGUGGUGAGAAGCGUACCCCAAAAUUGAACGAGAGGAUCCUUUCAUCUUUGUCUAAGAGAACCGUUGCGGCUCACCCAUGGCAUGAUCUAGAGAUCGGCCCUGAAGCCCCCAAAGUUUUCAACGUGGUUAUUGAGAUCACUAAGGGAAGUAAGGUCAAAUACGAAUUGGACAAGAAGACAGGAAUGAUUAAGGUUGAUCGUAUUUUGUACUCGUCUGUGGUUUAUCCUCACAACUAUGGAUUCAUCCCUCGAACAUUAUGCGAAGACAAUGAUCCUUUGGAUGUGUUGGUUCUCAUGCAGGAGCCUGUUCUCCCGGGCUGCUUUUUAAGAGCCAGAGCCAUUGGACUCAUGCCCAUGAUUGACCAGGGAGAGAAAGAUGACAAGAUCAUUGCAGUUUGUGUUGACGAUCCCGAGUAUAAGUAUUACAAUGACAUCAAGCAGUUGCCUCCUCAUCGCCUUUCUGAGAUCCGUCGUUUCUUUGAAGAUUAUAAGAAAAAUGAGAACAAGGAAGUUGCAGUUAAUGAGUUCUUGCCUUCAGAUGGUGCUACUGAAGCCAUCCAAUACUCGAUGGAUCUUUAUGCUGAGUACAUUCUGCACACACUUAAACGAUAAGCAAGAAGAGGCAGAGGAGGCCAUUUUGUUCCUUGCUUGGACGAAUCUCAAAAUAUACUAUACAAUAAGCCAUUUUAUACGCCGAUUCUUGAUUUAAGUUUUACUUAAUACUUAUUGAAGUUUUGAUUUUUGAAUUUCUAGAGUUCAGCAAUAUCGUAAAUGCAACUCUUUAAUUUUAUUUUUGUAAAAAAAAAAAAAUUGCCCUCUCUACAUACAGAGUGGUAUACAUGUAUAUGUUAAACCAAAAUGUUUGAGCGUUCCAGCUGAAUAAGUCUAAUUAUUAAGUAAUUAUUAUACGUUUAGACUUUAGACUAAACCCACCCGUCCAAAUAUAGGGCCUAAGUUCAGGUCCUUAAACCCUCUUUUUUAAAGAGGAUCUUAAAGCGUUGUGAUUGGCUGAUUUAAUUUUAGGUAGUUAAGGGGAGUUAUUAGUUAAAUAGUUGUUAGGGUUAUUAAGGAAAUUGCAAUUAAAUUAAAAAACGUAG